AUGAGGAUUAGAAAGAGAUAUCCAUCAUUUCCAAUCAUACAAAGCUUAGUCGCUUCAUGUAAAGAACUUCCAUCUCGGCAAGAAGGAAUGGAAGUAUCCUCUUUUCCAGCACGUGAUGAAGGAAGAGCUAGAGAAGCACCAGAAAAGGUGCUCAAUGAUUGGCAGUCUAUAAUGGCAGAAGCACACAGGCUGCUUGGAUAUUCAUCCUAUGCCUAUAAUAAUUGUACUAUCCGGCCCCAUGUGCAAGAGGAACAUUCCAACACCAACUCUGUCAGUAAUGGAGAAACUGUCACUGAAAUUCAGGCAAGAAAUGAAAGGAACAAGAAGAGUCUAAAGGGAAAUUACUCUGGUACUGCUAUAGUAAACACUAAGGGGAGAACUGGUUCAUCUUCUUCCUUUAAAGGUGAUGCAAAAGGGAUAUUUCUGGGGAACAGCAAAGAUGGAAAAGCUGAAACCACCAUGAGGAUUGGUGGCAGUGCUGGUCGGAAGAAAAGGACUGAUGCCUCAUUGUGGAUGGAGGUAGGAUCAUCCAGACGUGGUUUUGCUAAUGGCAGCUGUGGAUUGAAAUACAAAAACAAAGCAGAAGAUCAGGAACAGUACUUAUCUGGCUCCUCCAUUAAGAAUAAGAAAGUUAAGACAAGGAGCUUAACCAGCAUUUAUGAUGACGUCCGAAGUCUAAUGACUAGCCCUUCAAAGUUGAAUGAGAUUGAGCAAAAUACUAAUGGAAAGUCAGUAGGUGAAGAUCUGUUCAGUGAGUGAAGAUAUAUAUCAUUCAUGAAGGUUAUAAUUUAGUUCAAUUAAGCUUAAAAAAACUACAGAAAUUUGAUGACAUAAAGUAAAUGCUAAAUGCAAAACUGCAUUAAGCAAACUAAACUUAAUAAUUAUCUCCAAACGUUGGUUUAUCAGUUUGUCUUGUUUAUGAUUCCUGAGGAUGUUUCAGAAAUUUUAAUUUAUAGAGCUUGU